CCGAGAUGAAGCGCCAAUCAAAUGAGUCGGCGCAUCGUGCGCGCCUCUAGUUCUACACAUGCAGCAAUGUCAUUGGUGUGUGUAAUCACAAGGACCCGCCCAGAUCAGACAGAGUUCCGCGUUUGAGUUUACAUGCCCUAAAGUGCACAUUUCAAACAGGUAGAAUAAACUGGUAAUAAUAUCAUCUCUGACGAUGUCUUCUGCAAACAAAGUUCUGCAUCCUUACUGGCCAAGGGAUCUUUUGAUUCCCACUUAUGUGGAAAACGACAGAUCAAUGUCAGAGAUUCUGGCCUUUCUUUUUUCUGUGUCCGGGGUGUUUCUACUGGUGACCUGGCUGAUCACCGGGGCCAGCGGCAGGCUGGGAACGUGGCGGCGUCUGUCCAUCUGCUGGUUUGCAGUUUGUGGUUUCAUCCAUAGUGUCAUUGAGGGCUGGUUUUCGCUGUAUUAUGACAUCUUGCCAGGAGAUCAGAGCUUCCUUUCGCAGCUGUGGAAAGAAUACUCCAAAGGUGACAGUAGAUACGUAAUAGCUGACAACUUCACAGUUUGUAUGGAGACUGUGACUGCUUGCUUAUGGGGGCCCUUCAGCUUUUGGGUGGUGUAUUCCUUUUUAACCAGUAAACCCUACAGAUUUGUUCUGCAGCUCAUCAUCUCAUUAGGUCAGCUGUAUGGAGCAGUGCUUUACUUCUUCACAGAGCACAGAGAUGGCUACGCUCACAGCGAGCUGGGACAUCCAGUCUACUUCUGGUUCUACUUUGUGUUCAUGAACGUGUUGUGGAUCGUCAUUCCUCUGGCCCUAAUUGUGGAUGCGUGGGGUCACUUAUCUGCAGCUCAGAGACAUGCUGACAGCUCAAAGGCCCAAAAGAGUAAAAGGAAGUGAUCAGCAGGAGGCAGAGGGAAGGCAAAUCUAAAUAUUUGAAUAGCCAAAUAAAUGUAAGCAAAUAAAGUUUUAUUUUUGCUGCAAGAUUUUUUAUGAAAAUAAACAUUCACAAUAUUG